AAGGGGAAAUACAACACCGAGGCAGCAACCUAACACCCCUAAUUUGCAUGACUUGGCACCUUGCGGCGGGUCCGUCCCCAUCCUUCUGGUAAGAACGGAUGCGUGUGAAACACCACAAGCUCUUUCACUCAGUGUUUACAGUUUUUACACUGACUUCAUCUGAUUACUUCAGCAAUCAUAACGGUGAUGAUAAUAAUAGUUAUGCAAACAUUCUGGAAAAAAAAUUGCUGAAAAUGUGAGGUGAAGUCGGGUUUAUUUUGCUCGGUUUUUGUUUCCUGUGACUUUAUUACCAGGGUGUGGCAGGUACAAGUCUGAAACCAUUCUUUCCAAUCCAAACAGUGAGCAUCAUUGGAAGCAGCUUAUUGUUGCCGCUGAGAGAGAUGAAGAAAGACCUGUUUCUCUUCUGCUUUUUGGUCUCGGCACUGGCUGCAAAUGUACAAAGUAAGCCUCAUGUAAAUAAUCAGCAUGUCAAACACAUCCCAACUCCAAAAGAGCAGUCAGUGAAGCAUCACGACAGUAAUGAUGGAGUUCUGCCCACAUUUCUGCCUUUUGAGUCCAGCACUCAGGACUCGGAGGAUGAGGACAAGAGUGAGGAGAUUGAGAGCCUUGUGGAGCUGAAGCACGCAGGGGAAGAAGAGCUUGAAGGUUCAGAGGAAGGGGAGAAGAAUACACCUUUGCUUCUGAGUGAGGAGGCACUGUCUCGGCUCCUGCAGGUCCCUGAGGAGGUAGAUGAACCUGUGGAGGAGGAUGAAGAUGAAGACCUAGAAAUGAAGGAGGAGGGAAAAAAAGAUGGAGAAUCUACAGUGAACAAUGAAGAUGGAACUGAAAAAAGAGAAGGUGGGAACCAGGCAGAGGAUGCAAACGAAACCGACAGCAGUACUGAGUCAGAGAUACCAAUUGAUCUGGACUAUGCAGCUGACCGUGAUGCUUCACAGCCUCUACCCACAAAGGUGGAGCAGGCCAAAGCUUCAACCAUCAAAAAAGAGACGGAGGAAACGACUGAAGAUGUGAUUCCCACAGUUACUGUGGACUAUGAUUCUCAACAGUCUGACACUGACCCUGAGGACACUGCAGAGGAACAGGACGUGCCAGCCGAACAAACCCAAGAUGAACCUUCACAAGACUCUGAGAAUGACAAUGAACAAGAGAAGAAUGAUCAACAGGAUGAGAAGAACAGCACCGAGUCUGAAGAUGGUGUUCUUUCUACUGGCAAGAAGACAGAGGAGAAGAAAAAGCAGAAGAAUGAAGGUAACAGCCAUGGAAAGAGCAAACCAAAGAAGCAGCGAAACAACCAGCAGCUGGAGAAGAUGCAGAGUGACCAAGCCAGUACAAUAGAAGCAACUGAAGAACGUACUCACAGAAAAGACACGGAAAAUCUGGAGGAGCCCACUGAAAAUACAGAGCCUAAAACCAGAAAGAAGAAUGGGAAAUGGUCUCGCUUGGUGGGAAUGAAUCCUGUACAGAUCAGGGCCGCUAUGGAGCUUUACCCUGAUAUUCGGCCCACCCAUCGGCCCACUGGAGAGGGGUUGCCAGAUGACCCCUGUGAGAACUUUCGCUGUAAAAGAGGAAAGACAUGCAAAAUAAACAACGAGAACAAACCCGCCUGUGUGUGUCAGGAGCCGUCAGAAUGUCCUCCAAGUGUAAAUGAUUUUGAACAUGUAUGCGGAACUGACAAUAAGACAUAUGACACAUCCUGUCAGCUUUUUGCCACCAAGUGUGGCCUUGAGGGGACCAAAGUGGGCCACAGACUUCACCUGGACUACACCGGAUCUUGCAAAUUUAUUCCUCCAUGUCCAGAGUCUGAGCUGGUGCAGUUCCCUCUACGUAUGAGGGAUUGGCUGAAGAACGUGCUUCUGCAGUUAUAUGAGCAUGAAUCCAUGUCUCCCGGCUUUCUCACAGCUAAACAAAAUAUAAGGGUUCAGAAGAUCUAUGAGAGCGAGAGACGUCUGCAUGCAGGCGAUCACCCCGUUGAGAUUCUGCAGCAGGACUUUGAGAAGAACUACAACAUGUACAUCUAUCCAGUGCACUGGCAGUUUGCACAGAUGGACCAGCAUCCUUCAGACAAGUUUCUUUCUCACUCUGAGCUGGCUCCACUGCGCGUUCCUCUAGUUCCAAUGGAGCAUUGCACCUCAGUUUUUUUCCAAAAGUGUGAUGCUGACAAGGACAAAUUGGUCUCCUUCAAGGAGUGGUGCAGCUGCUUUGGCAUUAAGGAAGAUGAUAUGGAUGCCAAUCUGCUGUUCUGAGCAAGAGCGAAUACCUAAACGAGCAUCGCUGAGCUAAUAGAAGCAAAGGUUGUCUUUUUGUAAUUAAAUAUGGCAGAUGUAACAUUGGAGGUCUGUUCAGUGAAAUGUUCAGUACUGUUUUGUAUGUGUAGAUCUUAAUGGACCACAAUGUCUAAAAACCUUUUUUAAUGCAUUAUACAUGUAGCGUAUAGGAUAUAAAAAAAUCUAAUUAACUAUAGUUAAUAAUUUAGUUGAAAAAUGAACAAAAAAUAUGUAGUUUCAGUUGGAGAGUUUUUGUAUGCAUUCCAGGGGAAAGGUUUACUUAUAGUGAAUAUCGACUGAAUAAAAUAGAUUUUAUAAA